AUGAAUGGAGCAGCAGUACAAGCAGUUGGAUGGCAAGCAGAGUUUGAGUGGCAAGUAGAGAAGUCUAAGACCAUCCUUGGAAAGAAAAAGGAGAUCCCAUGUGAGGAAGUGGGGGCCAUGCCUUAUCAGAUACUACAAGGGGUUGAGGGUUCUCCAGAAGCCCAGCUUCAGAACACCCAGGCUGAAGGGAUCCAGGAAAUGGAUGAGCAGCUGAGAGGCUUGGGCUCCAAAGAGAAGCAGUUGGUAGCUGAAGCAAAGGAGGAAGACAGCUCUUUAGAGGAGAGUGAGAAGGCUGGGACUGAGGUCCAGCUGCUAAUUGAUUCCACCACUCCUUGGGUAUCAACAGCGGAAGAUGAAAGGCCAGCGAGGGAAGGAGAAAGUGUUGCAGAGAAGGGUGAGAAGGCUGCAAGUGAAGAGAUGCUGCUGAUAGACUUCCUCACUCCAUGGGUGCCAGAGGUGUAG